AUGUACCGACGCACAGGCGGCUUCUUUGGCAUCAAUGAAGCCUUGUUCUCCUCCGCACUGGCAGCAAUGGUGUUCAGUCUUCUAUCAUGUCAACCACUCACAAUUGUUGGAGUGACCGGACUGAUCGCGUUGUUCAAUUACACCAUCUACGACAUCAUCCAAAUGCACGAUCCCACCAUCUACCCUGCUUUUACAGCAUGGGUAGGCAUCUGGGCCGCCAUCUUCCAUUGGAUAGUAUCUUUUGGAAAUUACUGCGACUACAUGGCCUACGUUACAGACUUCUCGAGCGAAACGUUUGGCCUAGUCAAGGGCGUUGAAGAACUGGUCUAUCUCUUCGAACCUACUACGAUCGCAGGCGGCUACCUCUCCAUCGUCAUCGCUAUUCUGUAUUUCGGCUCCGUCUACGGUCUCGAGAAGCUCGGCAGUAGCACACUCUGGAAGCCAUGGGUCCGAGGCAUACUCGCCGACUACUCCUUCGCAUUCCCAACCUUCUUUUGGGUCGGAUUCUACUGGUUUCCCGGUCGACUCGCAAACACAGAAAUCUAUCGCGUACCGACGGUUGGCGCAUUCGAGCCGACUCAAGCCAGAAAUUGGGUCAUCGACUUCUGGAACCUGGAUGUGAAGUGGAUCUUCGUGGCGGUGCCAUUUGGGUUCCUGAUGAUGUUGUUGUUCUACUACGAUCACAACGUGUCCUCGCUCACGGCUCAAGCACGACAAUAUCCACUGAGGAAGCCUGCUGGCUUUCAUUGGGACUUCUUUCUUCUGGGAUGCACUUGCUUCGUUAGCGGCAUUCUUGGACUGCCUCUGCCCAAUGGACUUGUGCCGCAAGCUCCUGUGCAUACCGAUUCUCUGACUAUCUACGAAACCAAGCUGGAGAUCACUGAAACAAAGGAUGGUGGAGAUAUCAGGAAGCCAGUGGUCCACGCGACAGCAGUCGUGGAACAGCGCGUCAGCCAUUUCCUCAUGGGUAUGGCGAUCUGGGGGACCAUGACUGGACCACUCCUGACAGUUCUGCACAUCAUGCCCGCAGCAGUCUUCGCCGGUGUCUUCUUCGUUGUUGGUUGGGGCUCCAUCGAAUCCAACGGCAUCCUCGCAAAAUUCAUGUAUCUCAUGUCUGAACACCGCUUCAUCCAACGGGACAACCCGCUCAAUACCGUCUCGCAAAAGAAGAUAUGGCUCUUCAUCGGCAUCCAAAUCCUCGGCGUUGCUUGCACUGUUGCUAUCUCACAAACCAUCGCCGCAAUCGGCUUUCCCGUGCUUAUCAUCGCGCUCAUCCCCAUUCGCACGUUCCUCAUGCCGAAGUGGUUCACAGAACACGAACUCAGCGUCAUGGACGAUCUGACUGCGACGAACCCUGCGGUGCUUGUGAGCUUUGGCGGAACGCCGUCGGGCAUGAAACCCGUGAAGGAAGAGGGCGUUGAUGAUCUUGGAAGACUUGAGGCGACACGAACGGGGUCACAGCAUAGCGAGCAGAGCGCAGUACGUCAGCGUGCAGGAGAGCUCGCGAGAUAA